AAGAGUGGGCGCAGAAUUAGGUCAAUAUCAAUAUUUCUCACCGUAAAUACAUCUUUGAGUAUUGAGCUUAACUGAGUUUGUGCUAGUGCAUAGCAAGUUCCGAUAUUUCCCCCCCGAGAGGAUUACGGCACGAUUCAUAUUCUUUACACAUCUUUGAUAUACCGCUCGAACUACGACUGUGCAUUGCGGAAUUUUUCUGGUUGAAUCGCGAUUUCGAGGGGAUAUUGGACCAGAAUUAGGGUAAUCCCCUUCUGACCAAGCUUCUUUCUGUGGUUUUGAAGUUACGGGUGUGGGAAGGGAAAGUACCUCGAUGUUGUUUCACCACGGCGGGUGUUUCAUAUCGCCGGAAUGUCAGUUAGUUGUUUUGCAGCCGAGUUGAGCGAUCAGAUUAAUGGUUCACGUGGGAACGUCCCUAUUCGAGCGGUUCUGACAGACGGCGCGGUGACCGUCGAGCCUACAAACGUGACGAAAGCGACGAGCGCGGAAUUGGCUCUACAACGAAUUAGUAGCCAGCCGGAUCAUGGCACGCCUGAUUUUCUGUUCAAUGCAGGAAAUUCUCGCGGCGGUGAGACUUUGUUUAGAUGGGGAGGGUUCAGAAUGUCAUUAGUGUUACGAUGGGGGCCGCAGGCGAUUACGGCGGCGGCGACGGUUCUGGAUGAUAACGAGGCAUUGAUUAAUGGGUUGGCUGAUCUAUUCCCUCAAACAGACACCAUUCACCUAUCUCCUCAUCUCCCCGAGAUAUCCAGACAGACAGAAAGCAAAAUGACAACCCUCUUCACCCCCCUCAAAGUCGGCCGCGUCCAACUCUCCCACCGCAUCGCCCUCGCACCCCUGACCCGCUUCCGCAACGACGAAAUUACCCUCGCCCCCAUCGUGCCCCUCGUAAAAGAAUACUAUGCCCAACGCGCCUCCGAGCCUGGCACUCUACUCAUCUCAGAAGCAACCCUAAUCAGCCCCCAGGCCGGCGCAUAUUAUUACGUCCCCGGAAUCUGGUCAGAAGAACAGAUCGCAGCAUGGAAGCAGAUCACCGACGCCGUGCAUGAAAAGGGAUCCUAUAUCUAUGCCCAACUAUGGGCGUUGGGACGAGCCGCAGACCCCAAGGCAAUGAGGGCUCAACCCGGUGCCGAGAAUUUCGAAAUUGUGAGCAGUAGCCCUGUACCACUAGAUGAGGGCUACGAGACUCCGCGUGCACUUACGGAGGACGAGAUUCAGCAAUAUAUCAAGGAUUAUGCACAGGCCGCAAAGAAUGCGGUAGAGCGUGCGGGUUUCGAUGGCGUUGAGCUUCACGGCGCAAAUGGGUUUUUAAUUGAUCAGUUUACUCAGACAUGCGUCAACCAACGCACGGAUCGAUGGGGCGGUAGUGUCGAGAAUAGAUCUCGUUUCGCGCUUGAAGUCACAAAGGCUGUCAUCGAAGCCGUCGGCGCUGAUCGUACCGCUAUCAGAUUCAGCCCCUUUAGCAACUACCAGAAUAUGGGCAUGCCUGACGCCGAGCGAGAGUCAACAUUCGCUUAUCUCGCCCGCGAACUUGCGAAAUUACACGUUUCGUUCGUCCACCUAAUCGAACCACGCGUAGAAGGAAACAUGGACGUCGAAAACCCCCAGGGAUCACUCCAAUUCUUCCUCGACGCAUAUGCCGAUGCCUCCCCCGUUGUGCUCGCGGGAGGCUACAAAGCCGAUAAUGCGAAAGAAGCCGUCGAAGUCCGAUACAAGAACCGUCCAGUGAUUAUUGCAUUCGGAAGAGCGUUUAUUGCGAAUCCGGAUUUGCCAUACAGGAUCAAAAAGGGGGUUGAGUUUACGCCGUAUGAUAGAGACACGUUUUAUAAUGCCAAGGAAGCUAGAGGGUAUACGGAUUAUCCGUUUAGUGAGGGGUUUGUUGUGGGUGUUAAGGCUUGA